CCAGUUAUAGCCCUGCCUUUCUCAUCACUAAAAACAGCGACAUUUUAUUGUGCAAAUUAGAAUUUCUUAAUAUAAACUUUAACAAACUGAGCAGUUCUUAGCUCACUAUGUCUUUUAUGAACCCCGUGGAUAUGGUGGAUGAGGACGCCGCCGACCUGCAGUUUCCCAAAGUGGCACUCCUCCACAUUUUUACCACACUGAAUUGCCUCUUUGCAGUUGAGCCACUGGGGCCACAGGUUAAGCGGUUCAUCCAUGCACAUCAGAAUGAACACACCAGGAACUCCAUGGUUUUGUAUAAUCCGCACACGUUGCACAGGUACUUGGAGGAGAUGGAGGAAAAGACGCGGGACCAGAAUAGCAGUGUUCCAUCGGCUACAAAGGAUGCCAAUCGGUGUGCCACAUGUCGCUGCAGUCUCACAGAGCCGUACAUUAAGUGCUCCGAGUGCCUCGACACCCUGCUCUGCCUGCAAUGUUUCUCACGUGGAAAGGAGGCCUUUUCUCACCGCAAUAACCACGCUUACAUCAUAGUCCGCGACAACAUACAGGUUUUCGCCGAUGAGCCACACUGGACGGCACGGGACGAGCGCAUACUGCUGAAAACACUUCGCACCCACGGCUAUGGCAACUGGGAGGCGGUCUCCCAGGCUCUGGACCAGCGCCACGAACCCGCAGAAGUGCGUCGUCACUACCACGAUUGCUACUUUGGCGGGAUAUUCGAGCGGCUCCUUAAUCUGAAGCAUGCGAGGGACAGCUAUGUGCCCGAGCGAAUGCCGUAUGUCUUCAAAAUGCGCAGCUUGGAUCCACCACGUCAUGACGACAUCGCCUCCAUGCAGUUCAGACUAAGCGCAGGUUACCGCUGUGCAAGAGGAGACUUCGAUACUCCGUACGACACCUCAGCAGAGAGUCUGCUAUCUAUUAUGGUGGAUCAUAGGGGCAGGGAUGACGACAACGAGGCGUCUGAGAGUGAGUUUGAGCGCGAAGUGACAGAGGAAUUGCAACUCGGACUAGUUCGGGCAUACAACAAUCGCCUCAGAGAGCGCCAGCGUCGUUACAAGAUAAUGAGGCAACACGGUCUCAUAAUGCCCAAUCGCACCGUCAGCUGGAUUUCCAAGUACGUGCACGCCUUUGGCAGCGAUGCGAGUUGCAUGCGUUUCUUGGGCUUCAUGCAGAUCUGUCCUGACCCCAUUAAGUUCGAUAUGCUGUUGGAGUCUCUGCGUUAUUAUCGGGAGCUGCAUAGCCAGCUGCACAAGCUAUACGAUCUGCGGGAGCACGGCGUUCGAACUCUUUCCGGAGCCAAAUUAUAUGCCCGCUUGAGCAAAGAACGUCAGCAGGCUCAGCGAGAUUACAGCAGGCUGAAGCAAACAGAUGCUUUCGACUGGCAGCAAUUGGUGCAGCAUUACGAGAGCAACAGGAGCGGUGAUCCUGGUCCCCUGGCCAUUAACUCAAAGUUAUAUGUGAUGAACACGCGUCGAAAGGCCAGUCCCAUUGAGAUUGGAGGUGGGAAACACUUUACUCAUUGCCUGACACCAACUGAAUAUAAUUUUUCUUUGAUCCCAGAUCUGCCUGGUUACUCCAAACUGGAUGAUGGCGAGCGAAAGUUGUGCAGUGUGGCUCGUCUGGUUCCGCAGUCGUAUUUGGACUACAAGAAUCAACUCGUUACGGAGCAAGCAAAGCUCGGAUAUCUACGACUGGCCGAUGCGCGACGUCUCAUCAAAAUUGACGUGAACAAAACGCGUCAGAUCUACGAUUUUCUGCUGGAACAUGGCCAUAUCAGCAGACCACCGUCCUAUGGCUAGGGCUAAUUUUUUCUCCAAUGUUUCACUUGUAAAUUUCCUGAAUGUCGUCAAGUAACUAAUUCAAGAAAAAAAAACCCUUUCGUUUCUCUUUGUUUCAGAGUUCGAAAAUGCCGAGACGCUGCUGAUAUCGGAGGUGCACAUGCUUCUCGAUCACCGAAAGCGACAAAACGAAUCCGCCGACGAGGAGCAAGAGUUCUCCGAGGUCUUCAUGAAGACGUACGCCUACACGGAUAGUUUUCGAAAGUUCAAAAACAAGGAGACCAUAAUGUCUGCGCGAAGCUUGCUGAUGCAGAAAAAGCUGCACAAAUUCGAACUGGCGGCACUGGGUAAUUUGUGUCCGGAGGCGCCCGAGGAGGCCAAGGCGCUGAUUCCUUCACUAGAGGGUCGCUUCGAGGAUGAGGAGCUGCGCCAAAUACUCGACGAUAUCGGCACUAAACGCAGCUUACAAUACUAAUUACUACUACGUAUAAAUAUAGUUUAGAUAUAAAGUCAUGGUCCACUUACACAAUAAAGUGAAGAACAGCAAGAAUUUUAAGUAAAUGCAGAAUAUACACUGUAACAAAAAUCAACAAAGUCUAAAUACAAUGUAAUUAUAUCAAACAAAAGAUUUACUUAAAAAAAAGUAUAUAUAAAUUGAAUUUGCCGCUUG